AUGGCUGCGCGGUGCGUUGAACAGCUCCAGCUUGCUGUGGAAACUCCACAUCGCACAGGUCGUACCGGUGUCUUUGGACAAUCACACGUGUCUAUUGCUUCAACGGAUUGGAUCGAGGAAGAAGAACGUAAAAGACUGUUUUGGAACUACCUCAUGCUUGAUAGACUCUGCAUGGUUCUGUUGGGAUGCGCCACAACUCUUUCCCGUGAACGAGUCCAUCGGAGAUUACCUGCUUGCGCCAGCUUCUGGGGCACUAAUCAGCCUCGCCCGACGCCAUAUUUGCGCUUGAUUCAUGCAUCUUUUCCUGAGUUUGUUGAGGACACUUCAUCCAAAAGCUCGAGCGAUGGUGAGGACGAGGACCUUUCCUCAUCUGGAAUAGGUGCUCUGGCAUUCUACAUUGAGACUGUCGAAUCGUUGGUUCACGGACUUCCUAACAAAGACGUCAGGUGGAAAAUGCGGCUCCCACAACAAUGGAGAGACUCGGGUAUUUCUCGCAGAGUACUGCCUGGCGUCAUGGAUCCUGCCAUGACGGCUGCCAAUGCUACUCACAACACUUGCCUAAUCCUACUACAUGAGCGCAUUGCUUAUCCCGACCAAAAUCUUCAUUGGGUCCAGCUUCCUAGUCUAGACAGUGCGGAAAUAUGUGUUCGGGCUGCUACGGAAGUGUGCACUAUCAUCACCAAGUUUCUCGAGCAAAGACCUGCACCAUAUGCUCUGGCGCCUCAGCUGGGCCUUACUGCCUUUGUUAGUGCUAGAACUCUUCUCAUACAAUGGCGCCAUCAUCGUACACAGCUUUCGCCAGCAUUCUGGCUAUUAUUAGAGAGCUUGGAUACGAUGGGCGCUAGAUGGGCAGCGCAUAGAGAAGCAGGCCAGCUGCGACUCACCUCCAUUUUCUCGAGAUUUGCUGGACGUCUGCGGACCAUGCACGCCAACUGCAACCUCGACUCAUCUUAUCGCAUUGACCUCUCGGAGCCUCUUUAUGAGAACGUCCCUUCAACUAGCAAGACACGUGUGAGACACUGGGUCUCUCCAAACGACCUCGUCUCCUGUCUGGAACAAAAUAGAACUGAAGUUGGCUCCACAAGACAAGAGCAGGCUCCAGCUCAGGUCGUUCAUGACGGCGCUCCAUUGCAGCAAGACGAAAUGCCGAAUCGUCCAAACUUGGCCUUCAGCAAUCAGGCCGACAUGCCGUGGGAUCCAAUGAACCUUAGUCAGCUAGGAGAAGGAGGGUCUGACAAUGGCAGCCUCUUGGCAAUAUCGCAGUCUCUCCUGGAUCCAGAUUUCACUAGCAUGGACCGAAUCGUCAGCUUCGAUGAGAUGAUGCUAGGCAAUAUCUCCGAGACUUGGGAUCUCGGCUGA